ACCUUUUCGUUUCUCUCAAACCCUAAUCUUAAAUCAGAUUGGCGUUUGAUCUUCUCCUUCUCGCCUUUUUAAUCCAAAAUUAGAGAUUCAGUUCUGUUCUCUCUGAAUUCUAUCUGGGCUUUCCAAAUUCCGUUACUUUUCCCCAAUUCUGGUUUUUGUUUUCAAUAAAUGUGGUAGAUCGAGACCCGAGAUUUCGUUUUUGGGGAGGUGGGCUUGGGGGUUGCAUGAGGAUUUGGUGUUUUUCUUGCUUCACCGACGAAGACGAGGAAGACGAAAACGGCUGCAGAGUGAAUAAACAGUCUUUAGCAACGGCCAUGGAGAACAAUAACGGCGAUGGUGAUUUUGUAAAUUUCGGUGAAAACGAGAGGGCACCAAGAGUCCCACGUUGGAGGCUCAGGCUGUGUGCGGAGGAAGGUGAAGCAGCAGGGGCUGAAUUGGAGCGUUUAUGGACCUCUGAGAUUCGCUUGCAGCAGUUGGUUCAGGGUGAGAGUAGCAAUGCGGUGGCAGCAGCUGAGGAGGAUAGUACGAUGGAGGAAGCUGAUCAUGAUUCGUAUCACAAGCGUGCCAAAGUCUACUCUGGGCUUGCUGAGUGCCGGUCGGUUUCCGGGGUAUCUUCAGAUGCUGGAAAUUCUGUUUCGUCGGUGGAGAGAAAUGUUAGUUUUGGCAUUGCUUCUUCUUCCCGGUCGGAUACUGAUAUGUUCUGCCAGAAUUUCAUCUUGAAUUAUAGUCGGAAAGAUGGGAAAAAAGAUGAUGGAGAUGAUAAUGGUUCUUCAGACGCAGAAGAUUUUGAAGUUCAUAUUGAUUUGACUGAUGACCUCUUACAUAUGGUAUUCUCGUUCUUGAAUCAUGUCGACCUCUGUCGCUCUGCUAUGGUAUGUCGGCAGUGGAGAGUAGCUAGUGCUCAUGAGGAUUUCUGGAAGGUCUUGAACUUUGAAAAUAUAAGGAUUUCUAUGGAACAAUUUGAAAACAUGUGUAGUCGCUAUCCAAAUGCUACUGAAGUGAAUGUUUAUGGCGCUCCUGCUGUUAACGCUCUGGCUAUGAAAGCCGCUACCACUCUGAGGAAUCUUGAGGCCUUAACUAUAGGAAAGGGUCAUAUCAGUGAAAGCUUUUUCCAGGCAUUGGGGGAGUGUAAUAUGUUAAGGAGUGUGACUGUAAGUGACGCUAUUCUGGGAAAUGGUGCUCAGGAAAUACACCUGAGUCAUGAUAGGCUACGCGAACUUAAAAUUACAAAAUGUCGUGUUAUGCGUUUGUCUAUCAGGUGUCCGCAGCUCAGGUCUCUAUCAUUAAAAAGAAGCAACAUGUCACAGGCGAUGCUUAACUGUCCACUCCUCCAACUUCUUGAUAUAGCCUCGUGCCAUAAGCUCUUGGAUGCUGCUAUCCGUUCAGCAGCCACUUCGUGUCCUCAAUUAGAGUCGCUAGACGUUUCUAACUGUUCCUGUGUCAGUGAUGAAACUUUGCGUGAAAUAGCCCAGGCUUGUGCUAAUCUCCAUAUUCUUAAUGCUUCAUACUGCCCCAAUAUAUCUCUUGAGUCAGUACAUCUUCCCAUGUUGACAGUUCUCAAGCUUCAUAGCUGUGAGGGUAUAACAUCCGCGUCUAUGACUUGGAUUGCUAAUAGCCCUGCACUAGAGGUUUUGGAGCUUGAUAAUUGCAAUCUGUUGACAUCUGUAUCUCUGCAUCUCUCGCGUUUGCAGAGUAUAAGCCUAGUCCAUUGUCGCAAAUUCACAGAACUGAACUUGCAAAGCACCAUGCUUUCAUCGAUCACUGUUUCAAACUGUCCGGCGCUUCGCCGUAUCACAAUCACUUCCAACUCCCUUCGACGAUUAGCUCUGCAGAAACAGGAGAAUUUGACGACAUUAGUUCUACAAUGUCAUUCCUUGCAAGAAGUGGAUCUCUCUGAUUGUGAAUCAUUGUCUAACAGUGUUUGCAAAAUAUUUAGUGAUGAUGGUGGAUGCCCAAUGCUGAAGUCAUUGAUUCUUGACAACUGUGAGAGUUUAACAGCAGUGCGGUUCUGCAAUUCAUCGCUAGCAAGUCUUUCCCUUGUUGGCUGUCGUGCUGUUACUUCUCUUGAGUUGAAGUGCCCUCGCAUAGAGCAGAUCUGUUUGGAUGGAUGUGAUCAUCUUGAAACUGCAUUCUUCCAACCUGUCGCUCUGCGGUCUCUAAAUUUAGGAAUAUGCCCAAAAUUGAGUGUGCUCAAUAUUGAAGCACCUUAUAUGGUGUCCCUUGAAUUGAAAGGUUGUGGUGUACUGUCUGAAGCAUCCAUUUUUUGUCCUCUAUUAACAUCUUUAGAUGCGUCUUUCUGCAGUCAACUGAGGGAUGACUGUCUGUCUGCAACCACUGCUUCUUGCCCACUCAUUGAGUCACUGGUGCUAAUGUCAUGCCCUUCCAUUGGCUCCGAUGGCUUGUCUUCCUUGAACGGGCUCCCAAAUUUGACUGUUCUUGAUUUAUCGUACACUUUCUUGAUGAAUUUGGAGCCCGUCUUCAAGUCUUGUAUUCAACUGAAGGUACUCAAAUUACAAGCCUGUAAAUAUCUUACUGACUCAUCAUUGGAGCCUCUAUACAAAGAAGGUGCUUUACCGGCACUUGAGGAGUUGGACCUGUCAUAUGGAACUCUCUGUCAGACUGCGAUAGAUGAUCUACUUGCGUGCUGCACACACUUGACCCAUUUGAGCUUGAACGGUUGUGUAAACAUGCAUGACCUCGAUUGGGGUUCAACCAGUGUACAUCUAUUUGAUUACUUUGGGGUCUAUAGUUCUAGUGAGACUACCCAGGAACCAGCUGAAACAGCCAAUCGUUUACUGCAAAACCUAAACUGUGUGGGUUGCCCCAAUAUUAGAAAAGUGUUGAUACCACCUGCAGCUCGCUUUUACCAUUUAUCAACACUGAACCUUUCGUUAUCGGUCAAUCUGAAGGAGGUUGAUCUCUCCUGUUCCAACCUGGUUUUACUUAAUUUAAGCAACUGUUGCUCUCUGGAAGUAUUGAAGCUUGGCUGUCCAAGAUUGGCUAGUCUCUUUCUUCAGUCUUGUAACAUGGAUGAAGCAGGAGUUGAAGCGGCUAUAUCAGGAUGCAGCUCACUCGAGACAUUGGAUCUCCGUUUCUGUCCAAAGAUAUCCUCGGUGAGCAUGACAAAGUUCCGAACAGUGUGCCCUAGUUUGAAACGCGUCUUCAGCAGUCCGAAUCUCUUGCAAGAUUAGGGUUUUGCCCCAAAUGUUUGAUUAUAUACAACUUUUUCUGCAGAUUAUAGAAAUAAUGUGUUGUGUUGUGUGGUGUUUGGGAUGUAAAGGGGUCCAAGUCAUUAGUUUCAGUUGUGCAUAUAGGCCUCUGGAGCUUGUACUGUGGCCUUCUUCGUCUGCUUGUGUGAUGACACAAACCUAAACAACAUUAGUACUUUUUUGAGUAUGUGGUUCAUGAUAAUGUUGCUACUGUUAUAUGUAGUUCUUCUAUUUCCCUUAUCAAUUUACAUUUAAAGCAUUGAUCCACAUCGACUCACAAUCCAUGCUAAGUUUCCAUCAUAAACUGUUUGUGGGAUAGUACUUAGUACUAGUCUGAACUCUGAAGAGACGAUCGGUUCAAUUGCAAUGUUUUCUCAUUUCUGAUAUCUCCUGCAGUUAUUUUUUUCUUAUAAAAUGUAAGAAUUAAC